AUGUCUUCUACAACUGUCCAGAGCUUGAGAGAACGUUCUCCUUCUUCAUAUUCACUCAAGAUCAAAAACUUCUCGCAACUCGAGAACUUGGCUCUCGGCUCUGCUGAUGGCAAAUAUCUAUCCCGUCUUUUCUCCGCUGGUGGAUACAACUGGAGAAUGAUCUUGUAUCCGAAAGGGAACGAUAAGGAUAACGGAAAUGUAGAAUCGAAACCGUUCAAUACUUUUAGAUCGGUGUGGGGAUUGCCGCAAGUACUUCCGCUUAGUACAUUCAAAGACCCUGAAAAUGGAUAUGUCUGUCUAGGUCAAUGCGAGUUUGGUGUUGAUGUCAUUGUUGCACCACCCCCUACCAAUUGGGAAAUCCUUUCUUUUGAUGAAAAACACGUUUAUCCUUAUAAGAUCUCUUGGCCUGUUAAGAAUAUCUUUGAGAUACUAGGGCAUUGUCACACAUCACAAAGAUUUUCAGUGGGAGGAAAGACAUGGGCUAUAGAAUUGUAUCCCAAGGGAAGCAGAACAGCAGAUUAUAAUAAAUGGGUAUCCAUAUUUCUCACUGCUGCUGAUUGUGAAACACUUAAGGAAGAUGAAAAGAUUUUCACGCAAGCUUACUUGCGAAUUUUAGAUCCACGAGGAUCCAAUCACUUAUCACGCUCAAUUACCAAAUGCUACAACAAAUCGAAUUCAUCUUGGGGAUACUUUCGAUUUGUGUCUAUAGAUGAACUUAGGAAUACUUACUUGGACAUGGAAGGUGUUUUGACUCUAGAGAUCCAAUUUGAUGUUGUUUCCACAACCAAACACUCCCUCCCAUGAUUUAAUUAAGUUCUACUUUUUGAAGACUGCUAUGAUAUAUUGGAUAUGUUUCAAACACUUAAUAUAUUAUCUUAUGAGUUUGUUUUUGGUGUUUUCGGUUAUUUUUUUCACGUCCUCUUGAUUUUGAAAU